AUGAAGAAAAAAGAAAAUGGAAUAUCAACAUUAUCUUACGUAAAUGAAAGUUUCAUGCAAGAUGGCGAUGAAAAAUUUGAUAAAGAAACAAAGAAUGAUAUUAUUAAUCCGCAAAAACCUUUUGAUCCACCCAUAAUUAGUUUUCAUAAAUUGUUUAGGUUUGCUGAUCCCUUUGAAAUAUGCCUUAUGUUACUUGGAGUGGUUGGAAGCAUCAUCACUGGAUUGAGUGCACCAGGCAACACAUUAAUAUUUGGAGAAUUAACGGAUGCCUUAGUCAAUUUUAGUUUGGGAACAAUUGGAACAGAAGAAUUUUUAGGUAAAGUUCACCAUUCUAAAAAGGAUUUAUGCAUUUUAGAUUCGGUUGAUGGUUUCGUCAUAAAUAAUUCAAUAAUUGGACUCAUAUUGUUAACGAUUACAUUUAUAUCGAUAUCACUUUUUGGUUAUGCAACUCAAAGGCAGAUUUAUAGAAUUCGUACCAAAUAUUUCAGGUCGGCAUUAAGUCAAGAUAUUGGAUGGUACGAUAUAAACAACACGGGAGAUUUUGCCAGCAGAAUGUCCGAAGAUCUUAACAAACUAGAAGAAGGUAUUAGUGAAAAAUGUUUGCACGUCGUUCAUUCUCUUUCGGCGUUUGUAGGUUGUAUCGUAUUAGCGUUACUUAAAGGUUGGGAACUUGCACUCAUUAGUUUAUCAUCACUUCCUGUUAUAUCGAUUACAAUUGGAGUCAUCGGAUUUAUUUCUUCAAGGUUAUCAAAAAACGAACUUGAAGCUUAUGCCAAAGCAGGUUCUAUUGCAGAAGAAGUUUUAUCUUCGAUAAGAACGGUCGUGGCUUUUGACGGUUCGAAUAAAGAAUCAUUGAGGUACGAAAAAUAUCUUUUAGAAGCAAAACAGAAUAAUGUUAAAAGGAAAUUUUUUAAUGGAAUCAGUUUUGGAGCUUUGUGGUUUUUAAUUUAUGCAACUUAUGGUUUUGCUUUCUGGUUUGGAGUUUCAUUUGUUUUCGAUGGAAAAUACAGUCCUGGACAAAUGACAACUGUAUUCUUUAGCGUUAUGGUCGGUUCGAUGAAUUUUGGAAUAACAACACCAUACAUUGAAGUUUUUGCAUCGGCAAAAGCUGCAGGGGCUAAAGUUUUUUGGGUGAUCGAUCGAAUAUCAUCGAUAAAUCCUAAUUCUAACGAAGGUCUUAAACCGGAUAAAAUGAAAGGAAAUAUUGAAUUUAAAGACGUCAAAUUUUCAUUUCCGUCACGACCGAACGUUCCUGUUUUGAACGGGAUUUCUUUGAAAAUAAACAACGGAGAAACGGUGGCUUUGGUGGGAAGUUCUGGAUGUGGAAAAUCUACUUGUCUUCAACUCAUUCAACGCUUCUACGAUCCUUCUAGUGGAUCGGUGUUGGUGGACGAAGAGGAAGUGAAAAAUUUAAAUGUUAAAUAUUUGAGACAACAUAUUGGAGUCGUCGGACAAGAGCCCGUAUUAUUUGCAACUUCAAUUAAAGAAAACAUUCGGUAUUCCAAUGAAAAUGCCACCAUGGAUGAUAUAAUAGCAUCGGCUAAAAUGGCUAACGCUCAUAAUUUCAUAUCUAAAUUGCCUCAGGGUUACGAUACUAUUGUGGGAGAUAGAGGAGCUCAAAUGUCGGGGGGACAAAAGCAAAGGAUUGCCAUAGCUCGAGCAUUAGUACGAAAUCCCUGCAUUUUACUUUUGGACGAAGCAACGUCCGCUUUGGAUAAUGCAAGUGAAGCUAAAGUGCAAGCAGCUUUAGAAAAAGCAGCCAAAGGUAGAACUACGAUCAUCGUUGCUCAUAGACUGUCUACCAUUCGCCAAGCUGAUAAAAUAAUAGUAAUGUCAAAGGGGACAAUUGUUGAAGAAGGAACGCACGAUAGUUUGAUAGAAAAAAAAGGUCACUAUUUUGAUUUAGUCACUGCACAAAGACAAGCCUUUAACGAAAAUGAUAAAAAUGAAAAAGAAGAAAUUGAAGAAGAUUCAAAAGAUAUUUAUGAUGCAUUCGAUCGUAAAGACUCUACGGUACCUUCUAAAACGGAUGUACGUGUUCUUGUUACGGAAACGGAUAAACCAAAAGAAAAGAUAACUUUGUUCGAAAUAAUAAAAUUAAACGCUCCAGAAUGGAAAAUAAUAACCAUCGCAACGUUGAGCAGCAUGGCGAUAGGAUUUUGUUCUCCAUUUUUUUCCAUCGUUUUCGGUAAUAUCAUGGGAGUUUUUUCCAUUCCGGAUAAAGAUCAAGCUCUAUCGGAAACGGUCAGUUAUUGUUUGUAUUUUGUCGGUAUCGGAGUUUUAAUGGGUCUGGGAACUUUUAUACAAAUUUGGGCUUACGGAACGGCUGGAGAAAUACUUACCAUGAGAUUGAGAUAUAUGACGUUUUCAGCUAUGCUCAAACAGGAAAUGUCUUGGUUCGACGACAAAUCGAAUUCCGUUGGAGCUUUGUGUUCGAGAUUAUCCGGUGAUACGAGUAACGUUCAAGGCGCGACUGGUCAACCCAUCGGUUCCGUUGUUCAAGGAAUUGCAACAAUAAGUUUGGCUUUAAGUUUUGCAAUGUAUUUUCAAUGGAAAUUAGGUUUCACAACGUUAGCCUUUGCACCGUUUUUAUUCGCCGGAAGUUAUUUCAUGGCGAGAGUAUUGAAAGGCGAUGCCAAAGGAAAUCAAAAAAUAUUAGAAAAAUCAACAGCGAUUGCUAUCGAAGCUGUUGGAAAUAUUCGUACCGUUGCCAGUUUGGGACGUGAAAAUUCAUUUUAUAAAGAAUACGAAAACGAAUUGUUGCCAUCGAAUAAAAUAAUGACGCGCAAUUCACAAAUAAAAGGCCUAAUUAUGGGAGUUUCGAGAUCUCUCAUGUUUUUCGCAUAUGCCGCUUGCAUGUUUUACGGCGGAAGAUUAAUUGCCUACGAAUCCGUACAUUAUCAAGAUGUAUUCAAAGUAACUCAAACAAUGAUAAUGGCAAGUUUUUCAUUGGCUAACGCGUUUGCUUUUGCCCCCAAUUUUCAAAAAGGUUUAACUUCGGCCACGAAUUUGUUUUUAUUUUUAAGAAGGGAACCGAAAAUAAAAAGUCCAGACGUUACUCGAGUUGAUUCGGAAUGGGAAGCUCAAGGAGAAGUCAAAUACGAUAACGUCAGCUUUAGAUACCCGUCUAGACCGGAUGCUCAAAUAUUAAAAAAUUUAAAUUUACAAGUACUCAAAGGGAAAAAAGUGGCUUUGGUAGGGCAAAGCGGAUGUGGAAAAUCAACUUUGAUACAAUUAUUGGAAAGAUUAUACGAUCCGGACGAGGGAGAAGUGUUUUUAGAUUCCGAAGAGAUAAAGACAUUGAAACUAUCUGCGUUGAGAAAACAAUUGGGAAUAGUUUCACAGGAACCCGUUUUAUUCGACAGAACGAUUUCAGAAAAUAUCGCUUAUGGUGAUAACGAUAGGAAAGUUGAAAUGGAUGAAAUCAUCGAAGCCGCAAAACAAGCUAAUAUUCACGAUUUUAUUUCAAAUCUUCCAUUGGGAUACGAUACAAGUCUCGGGGAGAAAGGAACUCAAUUGUCAGGAGGUCAAAAACAAAGGAUAGCAAUCGCACGAGCGUUAAUUAGAAAGCCAAAAGUUCUCUUGUUGGAUGAAGCGACGUCGGCUCUGGAUAGUCAAAGUGAAAAAGUAGUUCAGGAGGCCUUAGACAAAGCGAGCUUUGGACGCACGUGCAUCGUAAUAGCUCACCGAUUAUCAACAGUUCAAGAUGCUGACGUCAUUGUCGUUAUCAACCGUGGAAGAGAUAUGGAAAUCGGGACACAUUCGGAAUUGAUGUCGAAAAAGGGAUUGUACAGGCAUCUCUACAACCUACAGGGAAAAUGA